UUCCAGCCAGAGCCCGCCACCAAACUCAAAGCCGGCUACUUGAAAAUCGAGCAGACGUGUAAGGAAGCGCGAAAGCGCGGGCUUAGAUAUGUCUGGGUCGACACCUGCUGCAUCGACAAGACCAGCAGCGCUGAGCUCUCCGAGGCCAUCAACUCCAUGUUUCGAUGGUACGGAGCUGCUGAAGUGUGUUUUACCUACUUGGUUGACGUGCCGCCAACUUCGAACGGGCUCUAUACCUCAUUUGAAAAAUCUCGCUGGUUCACGAGAGGAUGGACUCUUCAAGAGCUUCUGGCUCCAAAAGCUCUCGACUUCUUCGCAUCAGACUGGACGUUCAUGGCAACUCGAAAUUAUUUAGCCAAUCGCAUCAGCCGCAUUACAGGCAUCGACGAAGUGUACCUCACCGGUAGUCCUUCUCCUCGUCAGAAUGACGAUUUGCUAAGGAAGGCCCAUAUCGCCGAGAAAAUGAGCUGGGCUGCUGAACGAACGACAACCAGAAAGGAAGAUAUUGCCUACAGUUUGCUCGGGAUUUUCGGCGUUAGCAUGCCACUCAUCUAUGGAGGAGGCUCAAGAGCUUUUUUGAGGUUGCAGGAAGAGAUUGCACGGAGUGCUUUCGACCCAACCCUGCUCGCCUGG